AUGAAGCUGAUCGUGGCCGGCGGCACGGGGUUUGUGGCCACAGAGGUCAUCAGACAGUCUCUUGAGCUACCAGAGAUCACCUCGCUUGUUGUUCUGGCCCGUAAACCCGUACCCGUCCCGGACAGCCCUGGCUCAUCCAAAAUGAAGACAUUAAUCAUCCGCGACUAUGAUGACUAUCCUGACGAUGUCAAAGCCGAGUUCGCAGGGGCAGCUGCCUGUAUCUGGACAGUGGCUAUAACGCCAGGCAAGGCCAGGGCCUUCGACCCGGCCGAGGUGAAGCGGGUGUGCCAGACAUGCACGCUGGCGGGGAUGCAGGCAAUGUACGAUGCGAAGCCCGCCAAGCCGUUCGUCUUUGUCUAUCUCAGUGCGGAGGGAUUGCCCGAGGACCCAAAGCAGAAACCUUUGCUCUUUGGUGAACACAGGCUCAUGCGCGCCGAGACGGAAAAGAUAGUGCGCCAGUUCGCGGCGCAGCGCGACGGGCUCGAGAUUCAUGUAGCGCGCCUGGGCCUGGUCACGUCCGCGGGGGUGCUCUGGCAGGCGAUGCGUGCCACCAACAUGAUACCGGGAGCCAGGGCCAUGGCGCCCAAUGUGAGCCGGACAGAGGUGGCGGCGGCGAUCCUCGACCAGCUCCUGCGUGGGUUCGAGAGGGAAACGCUGUCGAAUGCUGAUCUGGCCCGCAUCGGACAGGCGGCGAUGAAGGCCAAGGGGGAUACUGGGCAAUACUGA